UCUUGGAAUGGCUUAAACUGAAUAGGACGCACUUCUAUUAUUUGUAUUUAAAAUAUUGCUCGAAAUCACUUUAAAUGAACAACGCGCGCCUGUGUAAUACUUAUUAGAACGGUAUAAGUUGGUGUUUCAAGUAGAUUUAAGUUAUGUCUAAACAAGAAUGGCUUGUUUUGCUUACAGUUGGAUUUUUAUUGAAAGUGAGCACAGCAACAGUCCAGAUCCUUAUCCCUAAUUCGCAUAUCACGGUGACAUCAAACGGGACUUCAUGGAAGGACUCGAAAAGGUCAAAGAACUGGACUGCAGAUAAGGUCAAAGAUGGUAUUGUAAAUAACCAAGGCAGUGCUGACGAUUGUGGAUGUUGCGCAGCUCUCCUUAGACCGGCAUGGGUGCAACUGACACUUAACAAGACUUGUAUUGUGGAAAAGAUUGUAGUUCUGGGACGUGCAGAUGAAGAAUCCACUCAGUUGUUCAACCUCACACUUUCACUGGGAAGACAUAAGAAGUCACUUCAGGACGAAGCGCUCAUUUUGCAAAAUCGGUCUUAUGCGAUGAAAGUACUGGCUCCUCCAAGGGAACUAGAUGCUGUUCGAGUUUCGGGUGGCACGGGACAAAACAUCGAUACCUAUAUGACUAUAUGCGAGAUUAUGCUAUACCGACAAGCAGCUGUCUAG